CACGACCGCCGGAGCUGACCAGCCUCUGUUGUUACAAUCACCAGUGACGGGCAGUCGAGGCAUCUCAGGGUCGCAGGACAUGGGAAAUUCGGUUGCUUCGAGUCGUUAUCCCGUUAAGAGCGCGUCGAAGAAGUUGGUCUAAAUUAUACUACAGGUCAGUUGAUUUAUCUGCGAAUAGGAACCGAGUCACAAGUUGAAGCAAAAGUAUAUGCCGGUGCUUUUUGUCAUUAGCAUCCGCCCACGACGGUGUAAAGAUAAAAGAAUGUAUCAAAGGACCCACGCUUAAUAUAUUGUUAGCUCAUUCUCUGCUGAUGAUAUUUUGUCUAAUGCCAAUAGCAGUCCUGCAUCUUCUAUAGCUCUUCCGUCCGCAGACCGGGAUGGCCUGCCUGCCGUAUUUUCCCAAGGCCCGCAG